AGAUAUAACAGCUGAUUUUUAAGGUUAGUAACAUGCUAUUUUUUAGUUUGAAAAUUUAAAUAGCUAAUAUUUAAUUUUAAUGAUUUAAAAUGGUUGCUAUAAAGAAAAAAUCUGAUCCUUUUAAAUCUACAAGAAAGCAACAACGUAAGGAGAAGCGAAAGGAAAAGAAAUCGCGUAGAAAUACAUUUUUUUCCAAAAAGAAACUUCAGAUAAAAGCGAAUGUAGAAAAUACCGAAAUUAAUAUCGAUACAAAGAAUAGAAGUAAACCGAAAGUUGAUAAAAAAGAUACAAAGAUUGAAAAUAGUAAUAGCAACAAUAAUAAGGAACUUUCGAUCGAACAAAUUCGUAAAAAAGAAAAGAAUCAACAAAAACAACUUGAAACGGAGAUGAAAAAGCAAAGAAAAAAACAGCUUUUAGAAGCUAAUAAAGAAGAAGAUAAGAUAAUAAUUCAAAUGGAAAAGCAAUUGGGUUUAAAAAAGAGGAAAUCAAAAAAUAUUCCCAAAGGUUUUACUGAAGACGGUUUAGACUAUUUACUAGAAGUAGUAGAUCCGGAGUAUCUUAAACAUGGUGUUACUACCGAACAAGGUUUUGAAGAUGCUGACAAUGAUUUUGAGGAAGACUUUGCACUAAUGACUAAUAAAAAAACAAUAAAACAAAAAUCUAUAAAGUCCAAAGAUAUAAGUGGUUUCCAUGAAACUGAAGAGGAAUCCGAAGAAGAAACAAUUGAUGAUCAAAAUGAGUGGGAAGAAAGCAGUUUGGAUGAAUCAACAAUUGAAGAAUCGGAUGAUAUUAUUGAAGAUAGUAUAAAUACAUCAAAAUUUAAAAGAAAAAUCAAAGAAAAUAAUGAAAUAGCAUCUAAAAAGAAGAAAUUGAUGAGUGAAAAUGAUACGAAUGAUUCAAACAGCGAAGAAUCAGAAGAUACUACAGAAUUUGACAAUAGUACAAACAAUUCGGAUAACGACGAUGUUUAUAUGGAAAGCGAGGUGGAAAAUGAAGAAAAAAAUGAUAGGGAGGUCAAUAUAACAGAAAAUAAAAAAGGGGCAGUCAAACAAUUCCUUGAUGGUACUUGGGAAGAUAUUUAUGGUAGAUUGAGAGCCAAAGAUGGGACUGUUAUCACAAAAAAAACAGAAAGUAAAUAUGUACCUCCAGCUUUAAGAGAAAAACAAAAUGGGGAAGGAGAUAAAAAACGAAUAGAAAAACUUAAUCGUCUUAGGAAACAGCUAAAAGGUUUACUAAAUAGGUUAGCGGAAAGUAAUAUGCACAAUAUAGCGUCCCAAAUCGAACAAUUAUACAUGAAAAACAGCAGAAACGACAUGAACGAUACGUUAACUAACCUAAUAAUGGAAUCUUUGGUAUCGGAAGUGAUAACACCUGAAAGAUUAUUGAUCGAACAUAUAGUUCUUGUUAUGGUACUACACGCCAACGUCGGUACCGAAGUGGGGGCCCAUUUCUUACAGCGCGUUAUCAAAAAAUUCGACGAAUCGUUUCGACGAGAUGACGAAGUCGAAAAUAAAACUUUGGAUAAUAUCAUUUGUAUAAUAUCUCAAUUAUAUAAUUUUAAAUUAUUCGAUUCGAAAUUGAUGUACGAAAUAUUGGGAAAAUUAUCGAGUGAAAUCAAGGAAAAGCGCGUCGAAUGUAUUUUGCACGUUUUGAGAAGCGUCGGAUUUAAUUUGAGAAAAGAUAAUCCGUUAGCUUUGAAAAGUCUCAUAAUCGAUCUACAAGCUAAGGCUUCUAUUGUUUCGAAGGAUGAAAAAGACAAUUUGAGGAUAAAAUUCAUGUUGGAUAUUUUAUUGGCUAUAAAAAACAACAACGUCAAUAAGAUACCGAAUUAUGACGUUUCUUAUCCGGAACAUUUGAAAAAAUCAUUAAAAGGAUUCAUACGUAAAGGAAAUUACGCCACGGAAUUGAAUAUGACUUUGGAGGAUCUGUUAAAAGCUGACGAAAGGGGUAAAUGGUGGGUGGUAGGUUCGGCUUGGACUGGAGGUGUAAAUACAGAUGAAGAAAAAUCCCAAAGUUCAAUUAAAACCGAAGGAUUUUCUUCGAAAUUAUUGGAAUUGGCCAAAAAGCAACGGAUGAAUACAGACAUUCGAAGAAAUGUUUUUUGUAUACUUAUGUCUGCGGAAGAUUAUAUGGACGCGUUCGAGAAACUUUUAAAACUCGGUCUAAAGAAUACACAGGAACGCGAAAUUAUCAACGUUUUAUUGCAUUGUUGCCUCCAGGAAAAACAAUAUAAUCCCUACUACGGUCACCUGGCGCAAAAAUUCUGCGAUUACAAUAGAAAAUAUCAGUUGGCUAUCAAAUAUUCCAUAUGGGAUAAAAUUAAAGCGAUGGAUGAACAUUCAGGAACCCAAUUAUCGAAUCUGGCCAAGUUACUUAUCCAUCUUUUUAUCGAAAAAGGUUUACCUAUAUCGAUUUUAAAGAUUAUGCAAUUUGCCGAAUUGGAUAAAUUAACGUUGAGAUUUACGCGACAAAUUCUUUUGGGUAUUUUGUUACACGAUGACUUGGAGGAGUGUCUGUUGGUUUUCUCGAGGGUCGCGCAAUCGGAUAAAUUAAAAAUGUUUAGAGAAAGUUUGAGACUCUUUAUACAUCAUUUCCUUUUGCGGAAUCUGAAUAACGAUCAAAUCGCCGAUAACGACAAGAAUUUGUUGGAAAAAAGAGCCAAAAUGGUGGAAAAAGUAUUGACUUCCAAAGAAGUAAAAAUAUGUUGAUGUAAAUAAAAGUUUUAACUCUUUGUA